AUGCCUUCCACCCUUUUGGCUAUCGUCCUGCAUCUGGCCUGGAACAAGGACACGAAAGGGGAAGACAACCCUCAGGUGGGCGGCUUUAUGGCUAUCUGGGGCGGUUAUACUUUCGUGCUUGGGUUCCUCAUUGUGUUCCGCAACAACCAGGCCUACAACAGAUUUUGGGAGGCAGCAUCAAAAAUGCACGAGCUGCGCGGUGAGUUGUUCAACUGCGCCAGCACACUGUGUGCAUAUUGCUGCGAGCCCACGACCGAACCUGCUAAGCAGCAAGUGGAAGAGUUUCAACACCUUCUCAUACGUUUGAUGAGCCUGCUAUUUUCGUCUUGCUGUCAUGACAUUGCCAGCGAAGAUCCAAAUACAGCCGCCAAGAAGAAAUCAAGCACCACCACGGCAAUGGACGGCGUGAAGGCGCACAACUUGAAAAUGCAGGUCAUGGACUUGGGAGGAAUGUGUGAGCAGAGCCUGUACCACCUGAACCACGCGCCGAGCAGGUGCGAAGUAAUCAGUCAAUGGAUCUACAGGCUCAUUGUGCAAAAGGCACGCGAAGAAGUUGUGGGCAAUCCAAAGAUCAAAGUUCUGGAUGUGCCGCCUCCAAUUUUGGGCCGCCCAUUGGCAGAUUUGGCGUCUGCUCUUGCUGACGUCUACCGGGCACGAAAGAUUGCAGAGAUCCCAUUUCCUUUUCCAUAUGCGCAGAUGAUACUGGACAUGCUGCUGGUGUUCUCAAUUGUCACGCCAGUGUUGGCAAGCCAGUUGGUGAGUUCAACUGCAAUGGCUGCUCUGGCGACCUUCUGCGUAACUGCUGGCUACUGGGCCUUGUUCCACAUUGCUGACGAAAUCGACCAGCCAUUUGGAAUGGAUCCCAAUGACCUGAAGUUGAAUAACAUGCAGCGGGAUUUCAACGAGACUUGGCAUGAUUUGGCACUUUGGGGCUGGGAACUUAAAGUGUGCCUGGCCAGCUUUUCUCACGCACUUUCCGGAAAUGUGGCGUCACAUGUUCAACAGUCCGGCAUGGAGUCCAAAGCCAUGACCCCGGCAGUGGCCGCAUCAAUGGUCCUUCUCUUCUGGUCCGGAUUCGGAGCUGAGCUAGCUGAGCCCUGCAUUGGGAGAUUGAGCAUUACGAGUUUCGAAGGCUUCAACAUGAAACCCUCCAGAUGCCUCGUCUAG